AUGUACGCGACUCACGUACCCAGUUUCCCCGAUACCCGCGAGGUUCUGCUCGUUCCGCGUGGGAUCGACGACGCAGGUGCGAGUGCGAGGGCGAUAACGUGCCUUGCAGCCAUCCUGCUCCAAGGGAUACUGCUUGGUGUCGGGUUCUCGUAUGUGAGGGUGUACUGGAAGGAAUCAGCUUCCACGGAUAGUCCGUGGUUCAAGUUUUCGGUCCUCCUCUGUACUGCGCUGCUCUCCAUCAACUCGCCCGUCCUCCUUCACUCGUCGUAUUUCCAGGUUCAGUACGACUUUAACACUUUCGGCAUCACCCCACCUUGGGAUGUUAACCUGGCGCCGAUCUUCAACACCACUGCUGUUCUCAUUAUACGAUUCCUGUUCUUGCGCAGGCUUUGGAUAUUCUAUAAGAACUUUGGCGCCGGCUUCGUGCGUAUCCUGUCUUUCUUAGGUCUUUUCCUCUCGCUCCUUACUACCCUGACCGCUUAUUUUGUAAACCUCGCGAGCCUGAUUUGCGCUCACGUCUAUCCCACGGAUGUCGUACUGAACGUGACGUUGUCUUACACCUCUUUCGCAAACGGAUUCGUCGCGGACGUCCUUUUCGCCGGUCUGCUGUGCGCUUGGCUUCACUCAUCCCGCACCGGAAUCAAGAGCACGGAUUCCGCAAUCACUAUCCUGAUCACGUACACCAUCGAAACCGCCAUGACACCUCUCAUGUUCGACACGGCCGCAAUCAUCGCGUUGAAGCUCGCGCCGCAGCUCAACGUGCAUCUCCUCUUGUGGAUCCAAAUGGGCCCUCUGUACUUCCUCUCGCUCCUCGUCUCGCUGAACUCGCGGCAAAACGUGUCCAAGCGCAUCCGCGAGCCCACCGUCUCGCGCGCGACCGGCAGCCAGCUCCCGACGUACAACAUCCAGUUCGCCUCCCCGGACACGUUCGAGCUCGCGUCCGUGAACGGGAAGCACGGCGGGCCCGAGAAGGCGGACCUCGGCGCCCCCGAGGACCUCCACAUGCCCGCGCACGUCGUCGGCGCGCGCGCGUCGGGUCGGGAGUUCGCCGCGAUGGAGGUCGCAGAGGUCCCCGUGGACCGCAACGAGUCGUUCGGGGACUCGUCCCGCCGCGAGAGCACGCUCUGCCAUCGCGUGGAGUCGGCGUGA